AUGUCCGGCACUAUGGAUUCACCGGAUCAUGCCACUUUGGGGAAUACCCAGUCCAAAUACGACUCAGACUACAUUGAGGAGAAGGGGAUUGGUGCCAACGUUUCUGACCCUACGGCACUGCUUUCAGAGUCGCACAAAUUAUACCUGAUUGAGCGGCAUGGCACUCUUGAUCUUGAUCCAAUUCCUAGCAUGGAUCCGGCGGAUCCAUACAACUGGUCCUCGUGGAAGAAAUCAGCCAACCUAGGCCUCGUCGCAUUUCAUGCUUGCAUGGGUACCUUUACCGCGGCUGCCAUUAUCUGCGCCUAUGAAGAUAUUGCGGAAGAUCUGGGUGUCUCUAUCCAACGAGUCAGCUACUUGACCUCUCUGCAGAUCGCAGUUCUAGGAGGCGCCCCAUUAUUCUGGAAACCGCUCUCUCACCGGUUUGGACGACGCCCAAUUUUCCUCCUAUCACUGGUCUUGAGCUGUGUCUGCAACAUUGGCUGUGCAAAGUCCAUGGACUACGCUUCUAUGGCGGCAUGCCGAGCCUUGGUUUCAUUCUUUAUCUCGCCUGCUAUGGCUAUUGGUAGUAGUGUCGUCACCGAGACAUUCUUCAAACAUGAGAGGGCGCGAUACAUGGGUGUUUGGACUUUGAUGGUCACCUUGGGUGUGCCAACUGGUCCUUUUAUCUUUGGAUUCGUGGCUCAGCGUGUUGGAUACCGCUGGAUCUACUGGAUCUUGGCAAUUACCAAUGCUGUCCAGUUCAUCCUCUACAUUGCCUUCGGACCCGAAACCCGUUAUAUCGGUGCCGACGUGCAGUCUCGGUCAUCUGCAUUCAAGACAGAGUACAUGUCUCUCCGACGGAUUGACCCAGCCCCGUUUAAGAUGGCCGAGUUCUGGCACCCCCUGACACUAUUCACAAACAUCCCUGUUCUCCUUGCCGCGAUUGCCUACGCAAUGGUCUUUCUUUUCGCCUCAGUCCUAAACUCGGUUGAGGUUCCCCAGCUGCUGCAGAGCAAGUUUGAAUUCAACGCCCAGCAACUUGGUUUGCUCUUUCUCGGCUUGAUCAUUGGUUCAGUGUUAGGCGAACAGCUGGGCGGAUUCAUGUCAGAUAUGUGGAUGAAUACUCGCGCGCGGAAGAUUGGCCGCAAUCCUGAACCAGAGUUUCGACUCUGGCUGAGCUAUAUUGGUUUCCUACUCGCCAUCGCGGGCAUGGUUGUUUUCUUGGUAUGCACUGAGCAAGCUACCGCUGGGAAAUUUGAUGUCAGGCCAGUGAUUGGGACUGGCAUUGCCGCUUUUGGUAAUCAGGUUGUCACCACUGUGCUCACUACCUAUGCGGUGGAUACAUAUCCCAAGGAUUCGGGUAGUGUUGGAGUAUUUAUUAACUUUGUGCGCUCGACAUGGGGAUUCAUUGGACCUUUCUGGUUCACGUCCAUGUUCGACAGCGUCGGGAUUGCAAAUAGCUCUGGCGUUAUCACCGCUUUGGUUGUGGUUGCUAGCUUUAUUCCGACAAUGCUGUUACAUUGGCAGGGCAAGAGAUGGUAUAGCAAGGAGACCACUUAA